AUGCCUGCAUCACCACAGGGUCCAAAAUCACCGGAUGCUCCUAAGUCUCCUAGUGAUUUAGGAUCAAACAUUGGGUCACCAGAGCAACCUGAACAGUAUUCUUCAGCACCACCUUCUGCUGGUGAAGGACCAAAAUCUCCACAAUCACCUGGUAGCUCGGUAAAGUCUCUGCCUGGUUCACUUGGCUCUAGGUCACAACCUGUGUCUCCAGAUUCUGCAUCCCAAAUAACAUCACCUCCAAGGAAACCUCAGCGCCGUUCUCCUACCUCUAGUCCUUCUCCAGAUAGAAAAUCAUCACAGUCAUCACCAGUAAGAUCACCAUCAGUUAAAAAAACUGAUUGGAGUCCUAAAGAAAAAUGGAGGAGGCAUACUAAAGCAGAACAGAAGAUGGUGACAAUUCCACACUGCCGUAGUAGAUCAGAAUCUAGCCAAUCUAGUAGAAGUUCUUCAUAUAAUAAGAGAGCAAGUAUAAGGGACCCAGCUACUGAAGAAAUUUCUGAAGGAGAAAUGGAAUCAGAUCAAGAAGAUCUUAAAUCUCAAAGCAAAACAAUGGCAACUGAGAAAAAUGAUUUAAAAGAUCACAACAUUAGUCAUGAGGACUUAUCAGAUGUAUCUGAUUUAGAUUCAGUUGGACCAGAAGAUGACAAAGAUACAAAGUUAAAGACACCACCAGCAUCACCAGAAAGAAAACAAGAUAUUAAUACAAAUGGGAAAAUGAUUAAUUCACAAUCAUCGCCAAAAUCUGAUGGUGGUAAAAAUGAUGUACCAAAAUUAGACAAAGUACCCCAAGAAAAAACAAGCAAUACAGAGGAUGGAGAAGAGCAACUGGAUUUUGAAGCUGAAGAAGGGGAAUGUAUAGAACCUAAAUCAAAAGAUAAAUCUAAUGGAGAAUUGGAGCAAGCUGGUGACAAAGCUACGGAGGAAGCUAAAGCCGCGCGUCGAUCGCGAGGUUCUUCGUUGGAAGAGGGAGAGGUGUCUGAUGAGGCUGAACGUAGGCCAGAAGAAAGCGAACCGCGACCCGUUUGCCGAUUUUUUUCCCGUGGCGCAUGUACAUGGGGUGUUAGUUGCAGGUUUCUGCAUCCCGGCGUUACGGACAAAGGGAAUUAUAACAUGUUUGACGUGGUGCGCGGAGUUCCUACGGGCGGGCCAUAUACCGCGCCGCCGAGAGACGUCGCUCCACCCGAAUCGGCCUGGGAGAGAGGCCUGCGUACUGCUAAAGAGAUGCUGAGGAUAGCGAACAAGCGGAAGGAGCAGGACAUGGACUUUGAGGAGAAGAAGCUGCACCUGUCCGUGGGUGGUGUCGUGCACGACCCGGACGCGGAGCUGGCGUACGCGGCGGCCGCCGUGGGCGCCUCGCCGCCGCACCAGCACGACCUGCCCGCCCACCGCGAUCCCGAAAUGUACAGCCGACCGUACGGGCCAAUGUACCGGGGUCGCGGCUUCCCUCGCCCCGGUAUGGACGAGCGCGAACGCUUUUACGACCGGGAGCGGAUGUACGAGCGGGAACGGAUGUACGAGCGUCCGCCGCAUUUCGACGAGCGCGCCGCCCCACCUGAGGAGUUACCAUUCCACAAGAGACGUGUUCGCUCGUCGAGGGAAGUCAUAGUGCAGAGGGCGGAGGUGGAGCGCCGCGAGGGGCGCGAGGGUCGCAUGCGCGAGGGGCGCGAGGGGCGGGAGGUGAGGGAGGGGCGCGGCGACGACUGGUCCGACCCGUGGAUGCGCGCAGAGCCCGCCGCGCGCCGCCGACGCCCGCCCUCCUCGGAAGAGUCCUACAGCACAUCCAGCUCGCGUAGCUCGGGCUCGGCCGGCGCACGCCGCAAGAAGAGGGCAACUUCGUCCACGCGUCAAAGACUGUCGCCGUCGGUGAUCGUGCGGGAGCGGCGGCUGGCGACCGCGCGCGCCACCGCCAUGAACCCGCCGGCGCCGCGCCGCCGCGCGCCCUCGCCCGCCGCCGCGCGCCAGCUGGCCGCCAACCCGCCGCCGCCCGCCUCGCACCGCCACAAGGAGGAAUCGGAUCCAUACGGGCGGAGCAAAGCGUCGAGUCGUAACAGAAAUAGGAAGAAAUAUUCAAGAUCAUCAUCAUCCGGCUCUGAGUCCUCGUCGUCGUCCAGCGAGUCGGAGAGCGAGUCGCAUUCGUCGUCGACGUCGGGCAGCUCGGGCACGCGGCGGGCCCGGCACGCGCGCCUGCUCAACGCCGCGGCGCGCCCCAGGCUUAACGCUAAGACGAGUGCCGGUCUAGCGGCAGCUGUUUCAACAGUAGUCAGCAAAAAGGAGGGUCCAAGUGAUAAAGAGAUUGCUGGGAAGAAACGCUCUGCAACGUCACCCAUAAGCGGCGGCGCACCGGCUAAAAAAUCUGUCUCAAGGAGGGAGGAGUUAUUAAAGCAGUUAAAAGCAGUUGAAGAUGCGAUAGCUAGGAAGCGUUCAAAAAUA